AUGUUCAGGUUUAAGAAUGGAUACUUUUCUAAAGUAGACUGUCCCAAAGUGACACGAAAUGAGAAGUGUAAUUUACUUGGUUGCAUUUUCAAGCAUCCGCAGGACAAAGAGCUUACUCUGAGGAAAAGACCAACGGAUAGCCAAGAUGAUAAUAUAGUUCAUAAGAAAGCAGAUAUUAAGUCUGAUAAAACACCGGAAAGUGAGCCUGAGAAGGAGAAUGACAUAAAAUUCCUCAUACCGAAACAGAUAAGUCAUAUUCUGAUUUCCCGAGCGCAAAGAAUACAUAAUGUUAAAUUAUUGGUUGAGUUGUAUCGUUCAACUAGUGCAACUCCUAACAAACAAGCUUUGCAGAAGGAGUACGAUAUUAUCACUAAUAGUAGGAGUAUUGAAACAUAUCAAAAUUCCGUGGACAAACUACUUGGAAAGGAAUCAGGCUCCAAACUUCCAUUCCAUGAUCCGAAACAUAUUCUUCCAAAAGCAAUUGUUGGAUCUGGAGCACCAGCUAUGCUACCUGAAAGAAGGAAAUUUAUAGAGUUAAUGGUUGAAAGUAUUAAGAAGUCUGAUCCUUCGUGUAAGACUCCAAUUUCAAAAGCAAUUGAUGAAGAAUUCAAAAUUGCAGUUGAAUCUUCAUCAAGUACAUACAAGCAACAUAUAAAGCGAAAACUUUACGAAUUGCAGCAUCCGGAGAAAGCGAAAAAUAAUGCAACAUUGGGUAUAGUUAUUAAAGAUGAUAUCUAUUGGAAAUACUUGAAUGAAGUCGUUAUUCCAGUAAAGAAGCUUGCACAAUUUGGGUAUAUCAUGGAGAUUCCAAAACCAUUAGAUGAAGUUAAAGAUGAACGAAUUUGCAGGCGAUGCAAGAAUGAUUUCAAACUAUCUGAAGUGACCAAUAAGGUCCAAUGUCAUUAUCAUCCUGGGAAAUUCUAUAAAGUUAGCAAGAAUCUUCGAAGGUAUGAUUGUUGUGGUGGUGAGUCCAUGGAUGAUACUUGCACAGUAGGUGAACAUCAUGUCUUUUAUUGGGAUAAUCCUGAAGAAAUGAACCAUGCGAUACCGUUCAAGAAAACCAAAGAUUUCUUAGCUGUCAAAAAUUCUGCUUCAUUCAAAUGUCUAGGAGUUGAUUGUGAAAUGGGAUUUACAAGCAUGGGGUUUGAAUUACUUCGUAUCACCGCCAUUGAUUUUUUCAGCGGAGAAGAAGUUUUAGAUCUUUUGGUUAAACCAAAGGGACAAGUGUUAGAUUUAAAUACCAAAUGGUCUGGUAUUGCCCGAAUUGAAGAAUCUGCGAUGGACUUUAAUGCACUGAUUGAAUUACUUGGGGAGAUUAUGGACCAGCAGACGAUUUUGAUUGGACAUGGUUUAGAAAAUGAUAUGAAUACUAUGAGAUUGAUCCAUGAUAGGAUCAUUGAUACUGCAGUUUUAUAUCCACCACAUAAGGCAACUCCUACUUUCCGAUAUUCAUUGAAGCAAUUAUCAUUUGAGUAUUUGGGACGAACAAUUCAAUCAGGAGAACAUGAUAGUGGUGAAGAUGCCUUGUCUGCGAUAGACAUUGUGAAGCACUUUUUAAGAAAGUCAAUAGAACAGGAUAUUAGGAACCAAUAG